UCCAUACUUGCGAAAAAUUCACCUAAAGACUCGCCUUCUCUCUCCUCUCUCCUCUCUCCUGUCAUCAGCAAAAUCAGAAAUUGUUGCAGAAAACACCGUCACUCGCGCUCUGCUGCUACUGAAGAAGAGAAAGAAAGGAGACCCAGUACCAUUAUCCAUCCUCUCGCAGGUAGUUACUCAACGGUUAUUGGCCCCCCGGCUUUCCCCAUUUUGCCCCUCCCCUCCCCCCCUCCCCGGCGGCGGCGAAGAAGAAGAAGAACCGCCACCAUGAUCACGUGGCACGACCUCUACACCGUCCUGUCGGCGGUCGUCCCCCUCUACGUCGCCAUGAUCCUGGCCUACGGCUCGGUGCGGUGGUGGAAGAUCUUCUCCCCCGACCAGUGCUCCGGCAUCAACCGCUUCGUCGCCAUCUUCGCCGUCCCCCUCCUCUCCUUCCACUUCAUCGCCAAGAACGACAUCUACGCCAUGAACCUCCGCUUCAUCGCCGCCGACACCCUCCAGAAGCUCAUCAUGCUCGCCGUCCUCGCCCUCUGGGCCAACUUCACCCGCAACGGCUCCCUCGAGUGGAUGAUCACCAUCUUCUCCCUCUCCACCCUCCCCAACACCCUCGUCAUGGGCAUCCCCCUCCUCGAGGCCAUGUACGGCCCCGGCGCCUCCAAGCGCGACGACGCCGGCGGCCUCAUGGUCCAGGUCGUCGUCCUCCAGUGCAUCAUCUGGUACACCCUCCUCCUCUUCCUCUUCGAGUACCGCGGCGCCAAGAUCCUCAUCAUGGAGCAGUUCCCGGAGACCGCCGCCUCCAUCGUCUCCUUCAAGGUCGAGUCCGACGUCGUCUCCCUCGACGGUCGCGACUUCCUCGAGACCGACGCUGAGAUCGGCGACGACGGCAAGCUCCACGUCACCCUCAGGAAGUCCAACGCCUCCAGGCGGUCCCUCGGCCCCGGCUCCUUCUCCGGGCUGACCCCGAGGCCCUCGAACCUCACCGGCGCCGAGAUUUACAGCCUGAGCUCGUCCCGGAACCCGACCCCGAGGGGUUCCAACUUCAACCAGUCGGACUUCUACUCCAUGAUGGGGUUCGCCCCGAGGCGGUCCAACUUCGGGUCCGCCGAUCUGUACUCUGUCCAGUCGUCCCGUGGCCCGACCCCGAGGCCAUCGAAUUUCGAGGAGAACUCUGCGGCAAUGGCACAGUCCGUGCCGUCUCCAAGAUUCGGGUUCUACCCGUCACAGACGGUUCCGACAGCAUACCCGGCUCCGAAUCCAGAAAUCGCAUCCGCUUUCACCAAAAACAGCAAGAACGCGCCACAGCAUUUGCAGCCAAAGCAGGAAGGAAAAGCCAACCACGACGCCAAGGAGCUCCACAUGUUCGUGUGGAGCUCCAGCGCGUCGCCGGUGUCCGAAGGAGGCGGGCACCACGUGUUCGGGGGGACCGAACUCGGAGCGUCGGAGCAAUCCGGACGGUCCGAUCAGGGCGCCAAGGAGAUCCGCAUGAUCGUCGCUGACCACCCACCCAAUGGCGAAACCAAAGCGGUUGCGGAAGCCGAGGGCUUGGGCGGGGGGGAUGACUUCAGCUUUGGUGGGAAAGGCGGGGAGGGCGACGAGGAGAGGGAGAACAAGGAGGGCCCCACCGGGCUGACCAAGCUGGGGUCGAGCUCCACGGCGGAGCUGCACCCGAAGGCCGCGGGUGCGGCGGAGCAGCUGGGGGUCGGCGGCGGUGCCGGCGGCGAGGGCGGGAAGCAUAUGCCCCCGGCGAAAGUCAUGACCCGCCUUAUCCUCAUCAUGGUGUGGCGCAAGCUCAUCCGCAACCCCAACACCUACUCCAGCCUCAUCGGCCUCACGUGGUCCCUCAUCGCUUUCCGGUGGAACGUGACAAUGCCGGUGAUAAUAAACGAGUCGAUCGAGAUACUGUCCCGUGCCGGGCUGGGAAUGGCUAUGUUCAGCUUAGGUCUGUUCAUGGCUUUGCAGCCCAAGAUCAUUGCGUGCGGGAACUCGGUCGCCUCGUUUGCCAUGGCAGUGAGGUUCCUCACUGGCCCGGCCGUGAUGGCCGCUGCUUCGAUCGCCAUCGGCUUGCACGGGAGACUCCUUCACAUCGCCAUUGUCCAGGCUGCUCUUCCGCAAGGCAUCGUGCCCUUCGUGUUCGCCAAAGAGUACAACGUCCAUCCAGCCAUUCUUAGCACAGGGGUGAUUUUCGGGAUGUUGAUAGCACUGCCGAUUACCCUAGUGUACUACAUCCUUCUCGGGCUGUGAGCUUUCCUCGUCAGGCUCGAAUCCACUGACUUUUAGAUUGAGGAGCAAAAGGAGGAAGGGCAGCAAACACUAAAAUACUGAGUAUGAUGCAUCUUAACAUGAGGAAUUCCCGGAGGAGGAAGAAGAACGGAAGAUUCCCAGCAUGCUUGGAAGCAAAGAAUAUAGCUUUGACCCUAAUACCAGGAUUGAUGCCUUCCCCCAAAAGGCCAGACGAGUCUUUUACCUAAUUCUUGAAGACCCUCUUGAAGAAAACGCCUCCAAAGCUCGGCCUGCUUGAAGGAGACAUGGAGGAGGGAAAGAAGGAAAGGAAAAAAUCGAUAAGCGGAGUCAAUCAAUCAUUAUCUUUUUUUUUUUUUUUGCUUUUUUGAAAGAAGUUCUUCUCUCCAGGCUAGGAGAACGACAAAAACGAUGAAUCGAUUGUUAGUUUAAAUCAAAAGAAGAUGAGAGGAGGGGGGAAUUUAGUUUCUUUAUCCCUGUUAACCUCUUUUUUAAUUUUUCUUCGUUGUGUUUUUGGUAUCUAGCGGUGUUGUUCCGUUGUCCGUAGAUCAGGCAAUUAUUUGCGCUUGUCGUGUUUCUGGCCUAUUUCCUUUUUUUAUUUAUUUAUGGUUGUAGUGUUCUUUUACUUCAGACAUCGUGUGCACGAUGAAAAGGGGGUGGUGCUGGAUUUGUGGGCAGUAGUAGGGAGCCAUUUGAGCUUAAGCUUUUGUUAAUGAUGAGAUGACGUUUUGCUUUUCUUGUAAGAACAAAGUCGUGUGGUGCAACGUCGAUGUAAGUGUUUUUUCUUU